AUGGGGGGUAAAGCUCUCGAUGCUAUUAUGACCGACCAGGAUGCGGCUAUGAGGAAGGCAAUUAGAAUAGCAAUGCCAAUGCCUAAAACCAGACAUCGUUGGUGUAUGUGGCAUAUUAUGCAGAAGUUCAGCCGAAAAUUGGGUUCGAUGACUGAUUUUCCCCAAAUAAAAGUUGCCCUACAGAAUGUCAUAUACAACAGUUUGACCCCUGUUGAAUUCGAAGAAGGUUGGGCUGAAGUGGUGGAAACUUUCAAGCUGAAGGAGGCUAAGGAAAGCUACAAGUGGCUAGUAGGUAUUUCAUAUAUGGCAUUGUCUUUGAAGAAUACGAGAUUAUAUCAGUUUGCUCCUAGGUACUGCAAGGCCAUGGAAAGUAGGGCCAAUGAUGAAAAAGCUGCUGAUGUGAACUGCUGUCGUUUUACUCGGUCUUUGGUUGGAGAGUUUGCUGUGGAGAGGAAGUUCCAGAAACUAUAUACGGAUGCGAAGUUCGUUGAAGUCCAGAUCCAAUGUAUGCGGGUAUGUUACGUAACACCUAUUACUUCGAAAGUAGUUUCUGAUGUGGAGGUUGAGCAUAUGGUGUCUGACAAAGUAUGGGUAUGGUCCAAGUUCUUGAGAAAGGAAAUAUCUUUGGCAGGCCGGAAGCGUAUAUACGUCGUGAUGUUUAACAAGGAGACCUCUUUUGCAAAGUGUGACUGCAAACAUUUCGAGUGCCACGGCAUUAUGUGUAGGCACAUCAUUAAGGUGUUGGACGUGGAGGAUGUGGAAAAUGUGCCUGCUGGAUAUAUAGUUGACCGAUGGAGGAAAGAUAUACAACGCAAGCACACUCUUGUGAAGGUUGCUUAUCAUGAUCCCGAGAAAACAGAAGAAGUUAAGCGCUUGCGGUGGAACCUGCUGCCCUCCGUGGAUCACUUUCCGAGCAGAAGUUGGAUUUGGUCAUAG